AGCACGUAUAGACAUACAUCAAAUUACACCAUCGAUCAAAGCCAUGGCUCCUCUCCUCUCCACCGCCCUACAAUACAUACGCGAAGUUAAGUCCACCACCGCCGCCGCGGACGACGGCGGCCAAAUCUACGGCGAAUUUCUCCAAACCCUAAAGCAAUACCGCAAAAGAAACUUGGAUUCUUCCAUCGUGACUUCCACCGUUCAAACACUCUUCCGCAGCCACCCCAACCUGCUCGAUGGUUUCAACCUUUACGCUCCCGCCGCCGCGGCUGCCGCGGCAACCGCGGCGGCGGGGGAGAAUUCCGGCCGCGAGUUCCUGAACCGGGUCCGCCUGAGGUCCUGCGCCGACUUCCUGAACCGGGCCGGGGCCCGGUUCGACGGCGGUGGGGCCUACCGUAAGUUCUUGGAGUGCAUGCAUGCAUACUCACGUGGAGAAAUCGCCGCCGAAGCCGUCGCCGACGAGGUCGCCGGAAUUUUUGGCAGGAACAACGGCGAUCUCGUCCGCGAGUUCGCGCGUUUCCUGCCGGAACAGAAACUGCAGACACAGCCCGCCUCUGCUGGCGAGGAAGAGGCGUCGAGGAAGAGAAAGAGGGAGAUCGCCGGGACCGACAAACCAGGGACGAAGAAGCGGAGAGAUCCGAUCUCUUUCGCCGUGCCGGCGUGGCGGGGGAGGGAGCAGCGCGGGAGCGAUGAAGAGGAGGCCGCGAAGAGAGACUAUGAGAUGGAGGAUUCGCUGUUUGAGAUUGAUGUGAGGAUCGGGAGAUUGACAUCGGCUGGAAUCAGCGCCGCGAAUCUCCACCGCGGCAUCUCCGACGGCGGCGUGCCUCCGGCCGGAAUCCGGAUCGACGAGCAUUUCACGGUGCUGGAUUUGAUCUGCAUCAGAAGUGUGGGGAGGAAGCUUCCAGAUUAUGCUUAUCAUUGUCGCGAUCUGGUGCCUGUGUUGGUUGAGCUCGUGGAGGUUUUGGGGGAGAAGAAGCUGGAAUUGUUGGGAGAGAGAGAAAAGAUUGGGCAGAAAUGGAAGAGAAUUAGGCAAUCUCAAUAA